UUAGAACCCUAAAAACAGAGCUCUCUCUGCGCGUUUCUCACUCCUAAACCACUCUUCCAAAAUGCUGAUCGAUCGUCACUGAAUGAAAAAUCUCUUGGAAACCCAUCACAUCUAAGAACCAAUUUGAUCUCCUAAAAUGGCCUCCAUAUCUUCAAAAUUCCCAUCCAACUCCCUCCGGAGGGUCGCCUUCCUCCGCCGCCCACCCCCCUCGCACCACCUCUGCACCUCCGCCGAGCCCCGAAUCCAGAAGCUGGAGCGAAUAGCCGACGACCUUCUCAGCCUCAACAAGCUCGAGCGGUUCGACUACUCGGUCCUCUUCCGCCUCAAGAUGGGCCUCGACCAGUACGGCCCCGCCGUCUCUGGCCUCGGCGGCUCUCCCUCCUCCGAUUCAGCCGCCGGCUCUGGCUCCGGCCUGGCGGAAGCGAAAGUCGAGAAAACGGCGUUCGAUGUCAAGCUUGAGAAGUUCGAUGCCGCGGCUAAGAUCAAGGUCAUUAAGGAAGUUCGGGCUUUUACUGAUUUGGGAUUGAAAGAGGCCAAAGAUUUGGUUGAGAAAGCUCCUGUGGUGGUGAAGAAAGGGGUUGCCAAGGAAGAGGCUGAUUCGAUCAUUGAGAAGCUUAAGGCUUUGGGUGCUACUGUGAUGUUGGAAUGAUUGCUUUUUUGGUAACCAAAAAAAAAAAAAAAAUUGAAUUUUGCUUCUUUAUGUUGUCAGUGUAGAAUAAUUUUCAUCUUUACAUGAGAAUGAGAAUGAGAAUGAGAAUGAUAAUGAUAAUGAUAGUGUUCUUUUGCCCAA